AUGCUACAUCCAGCUAUCCCACGAACAUCAGAUUCAGUGUGGGGUUUGGUCCUGAGAGUAUGGCUGAGGUUCUGUCUGAAGCGGCGGUCUGUGGUUGGCCUCUUGUCUCUCUUCUUCCUGUCAACGCUUGUCAUCCACGCCUUCCCUCCUUCUUCCCUCAUUCGGCGUAGGAGUCUGCCCUCAGAAGGACUCCACAGUAAUGAACCCAACAGAUUUGAGGAGCAGAUCCGCUCUCCUCCCCAUCUGCCCCUGCCUCCUAACAGUCACAGCGGAGGCUGGAAAGAGGCUGAGAUCCAGGAUCCGUCCGAUAGCCUCCUCGUGGUGGACCGCAGACAGGUGGGAAGGAGGAUAGCUGGCAACAGUGUACGCGAGAAAUCACACGCGCCGGCUAAGAAGCAUCUCGGCGGCAAGGCCAGCGUAGCAAAGAGGAGGAAAGUCAGAGACGAGUAUCCAUCUCAACCAUACGGAACCGAGACCGGGGAAAGAGGAGGGGGGCGGGGCCGCAAACCAGGCCACAGAGGGAACUCUGUCCGUGCGACCCAACCUCCCGGACCCAAUCCUGACCCGGCAAACAGUCCGACUGCCAGAACACAGAGCCUCCGCCCAAACAAUAUGCCAUGUGGACACAAAUGUGCUCCAGAUGGACCUGAGUCAGGGAAGGCCGGAGCUGCACAGCAGGCUGUGGAGAAGGCCUCUGGGGGAGCCCUUCCAUAUGUCGGGCCUCUGGAGAGGAAAAUGCCAAAGUCUAUUGUCCAGAACAAGAGCAGGAGCAGGAGUAGGUCCAGACCGGCGGCGGCGGCAGAGUCGACGGGCUCCAGCUCUGGUUGGUGCGAAAGGCUGCGAGAUGGAGAGCUCACAGUGGACUGGAACCGCUCCAGAGCUGGGUCUCUGCCCUGGUUCAGCAGAGACGACCUGGAGAAAAUGGAACUGCUCUCCAAGAGCGCGGUGCUCAGCAAGGCCCGUAUGCCUGGACAUGGGCAGGUGCUCAGGGUGGGGCUGGGUGACAACAGCUCUGGACCUUCAGGUGGACAUCACGACACGUGCUGCCAGCAGGGACGAUGUGCUCUGAUCAAACGUUCGAACGACUGGUACGAAGUGUUUGCCUAUCACUUGGACCGGGUUCUGGGUCUGAACAGGAGCCUUCCUGUCGUUUUAAGGAGCUUCCAUAGCGAUCUUCUGCCCUAUAGGUAUACCACUGGCCCACCUAGACCUGUAGUGUGGUGGGACCCUGAUAUUCAGCACUUGGCAGACAAUGAUAAUGACCAGAACUCCUUUUCCCUCACGUGGCCUCAGUACCAGGCACUACUGAGAAACAAGUGUGGCAUCAAAGUCCCCAUCAACUCCUCCGUCUGUGUGGGCGUUCACCAUUCCGAAUGGGGACGAUUGGCCCUGCUAGACUUCCUGUUGCAGGUGAAUGACAGGCUGGACCGUAACUGCUGCGGGUUUAGACCGGAUCCGUCGGAAUUGUGCGUGGAGAACCUGCUGCACCCCAAGUGUGGGAACGCCAAAGACCUGCUGCUGGUGCACAUCCUGGUAAGGAAGACAGAACCUUCCAGACUAGUGUUUAUAGACAAUGCAGGGAGACCACAUCACGCACAAGACAACCUCAAUUACAGACUGGUGGAAGGCAUCGAUGAGUUUCCAGAGAGCGCGGUGUCCGUGUUGCGCUCUGGAGGUUGCCUGGAGAGCCUCCUCCUGCGCUCGCUGUCUGCCGAUCGGGAGUUCUGGGAGAGCAGAGGUGGGGUGAUGGGAAUCAGGCGGCUCGUUCGCAUCGUGGAGCAGCGAGGCAGGGCCCUGCUGCGGCACAUCCAGGAGAAAAGACUCCACGUCAACCAGGAUCUGUGA